CGUGCCGCGCGCUCUCUCCCCACCCUACGCGGCCCUUCCCUUACAAGCGACCGGGCCCUGCUGAAACCCCGAUGCCCACCACCCGCUCGACGCAAUUCCGCGCCCGCUGAUCGCACCGUCAGGUCCGGUCAGCCAGCCUCAGCCCAUGGCGUCCCUCCCCGCGCCGCCCACGCCGCUCGGCUCCUGCCCCCGCGGCCGCGGCGGCGGAAGAGUUGUAGCGCGGCCCCGUCGCGCGGGUCUCGCCUGCGCCGCGCGGUCGUGCUACCGCUUCCGGACCGACGACGACGGCGUGGUGGACGUGGCCGUCUCCGGGGAGGAUGGGGACGGCGGCGGCGGGGGGUACGCGGUGUCCGUCGAGGUCCCUGGCACUCGCGGGCGGGAGGGCGGGCUAGUGCUCCGCGCCUCGGGGUCCGGCGAGGGCGUCCCGCUGGCGCCGGCCGCCGGCGGCGCCUCCCUCGCGGCCGAGCUCUCCUUCGACCCGACCCGCGCGCCGUUCUACCUCUCGUUCCUGCUCACGGACGCGUCGGGGGCGGAGAUACGGACGCACCGCAAGACGAGCUUCCGCGUGCCCGUCGGCGUCGGGCCGGGCAGCCCCGCGCCGCUCGGCAUGUCUAUCUCAGGCGACGGCGCCGUCAAUUUCGCGGUGUACAGCAAGAAUGCCAAUGCCGUUUCUCUCUACCUCUACGCCGCCGCCGUCGGCGGCGGCGGCGGCGACGAGCCCGCGCUGGAGAUCGACCUCGAUCCGUACAUCCACCGGACUGGCAACGUCUGGCAUGUCUCUCUGGCGAGCGUAGAUGGGUACGUCAGCUAUGCCUUCUGCUGCGGUGGCAUCCGCCGCCCACUGUUGGACCCGUACGCCAAGGUGAUCGGAGACUUCGUCUCCAGCAACUCGGUUUACGACGAGGGUGUCACUGCGCCGUCAAUGAGGUGCUUUGCAUCGUUGGCGAUUGCGCCGAGCUACAACUGGGGAAGGGACAGGCACCCCCGUCUGCCAUUGGAGAAGCUGGUGGUGUACCGGGCAAAUGUGGCUUUGUUCACAAAGGACAGGUCGAGCGGGCUCCCGGAUGACGCUGCCGGCACUUUCACCGGGCUUUCUGCUAAGGUAGAGCACUUCAGGAGCCUUGGUGUCAAUGCAAUUUUGCUGGAACCAGUGUUCCCAUUUCAUCAGGUGAAAGGACCUUAUUUCCCGUACCAUUUCUUUUCACCGAUGAACUUGUAUAGCAGCAAAGGUUUGAGUGUUUCAGCCAUCAAGUCCAUGAAGGAUAUGGUCAGGGUAAUGCAUAGAAAUGGAAUAGAGGUCCUCUUGGAGGUGGUUUUUACACAUACUGCUGAGGGAGAAUCAGAGUGUCAGACGAUAUCAAUGCGUGGCAUUGAUAAUUCCUCGUAUUACAUUGCCAAUGGGAUCGCAGGAUGCAAAGCGAGCAUACUGAAUUGCAACCAUCCGGUGACUCAGAAGCUGAUUUUGGACAGCCUCCGCCAUUGGGUGCUUGACUUCCAUGUUGAUGGGUUUUGCUUCAUCAAUGCCCCUUUCCUUGUGAGAGGUCCUGGUGGUGAAUAUUUAUCUCGACCUCCCCUUCUUGAGGCGAUAACUUUUGACCCGGUUCUUUCCAUGACAAAGAUCAUUGCAGAUCCUUGGUCUCCACUUGACAUAUCUAACGUGCAAUUCCCAUUCCCUCAUUGGAAAAGAUGGGCUGAGGUGAACACAAGAUUCUCUAUUGAUGUGCGCAAAUUUUUGAAGAGAGAAGCACUUAUUAGUGAUCUUGCUACACGCCUGUGCGGCAGUGGGGACCUGUUCUCAACCAGAGGGCCUGCAUUUUCAUUCAAUCAUGUAUCCAGGAAUUCAGGGCUUUCUCUUGUUGAUCUGGUGAGUUUCAGCAAUGAUGAUCUUCUUUCUGAGUCGAGCUGGAAUUGUGGUGAAGAAGGUCCAUCAGAGAACAGUGCUGUCCUUCAGACAAGGCUAAGGCAGAUACGCAACUUCUUAUUUAUUCUAUUUGUAUCACUUGGUGUUCCUGUUCUGAACAUGGGAGAUGAAUGUGGGCACUCUGCUGCUGGUUCAGUAUCAUACAAGGAUAGAGGGCCUCUGAACUGGAGAGGCAUGAAGACAACAUUUGUUAAGGAAGUGACCGGAUUCAUUUCAUUUCUAACUGCACUCAGGAGUCGGCGAGGCGAUAUCUUUCAGAGAAGGGAAUUCCUAAAACUUGAGAAUAUACAUUGGUAUGGGAGCGAUCUAUGUGAGCCAGGUUGGGAUGAUCCUACCAGCAACUUUCUUUGCAUGCACAUAAAUGCAGAGGUAGAUGAAAUGGCGGCAGAUUCGGUCAGAGGCGACCUGUACAUCUGUUUCAAUGCAAACGAGGAAUCAGUGAGUGCUGCCUUGCCUGCUCUUGCAGAAGGAUCCGUGUGGUUGCGCUUGGUUGACACAUCACUUGCAUUUCCAGGUUUCUUUGCAACCGAAUCUAAUCCCAAGGUGCAACAAGUGCCAGGAUUAUCCUCUUAUCAUGUGGAAGCGCAUACUUGUGUUCUAUUUGAAUCAAAGAGCGCUCUUGCCUAGUUUCUGCAGUCAAAAUAAGGAUCACAAACCUAUGAUAAGUACAAAUUUUUGUGUAUAUCUACAGUCAGAAACCUGAGGUCCCAAUAAGUUGUAGUGGUUGUAUAUGAGAAUGUUAAUGAUAAUAAAAGAAUGUAUCAUUUUCCAGAUGGAUGUUACUCCUAUACAGUUACCUUCAUGUUCCCUGACAGA